GUUUGACAAAUAACUAUGUUUCUUAAGCAUGUAGUCAAGAUACAUAUCUUAAGUUCAUAAAGAUAUUAGAGUUUCACUCUCGGCCAAAGAUUAUCCUGAGUUCAUAAAACUUUCUGUAUCUUACAUCUUCUGACCGAUCAAACAAAUAAAAGUUCAACAAGCACUACCAUGGGAGAGGUAGACCCUGCUUUUGUUCAGGCACCAGAACACAGGCCAAAAUCUUCUGUGAUCGUGGCUGAAGGAAUCCCUCUGAUUGAUCUCUCUCCCAUUAACUACCAAAACCAAGGCACCACCCCAGUUUCUUCUAUCCAAGGCUUAGUUAAAGAAAUAGGCAGAGCAUGUACGGAGUGGGGUUUCUUUCAGGUGAUCAAUCACAAGGUGCCUUUGGAUAAACGGAAGAGAAUUGAAGAAGCUUCAAGAAAGUUUUUUGCACUUAGUUUGGAGGAAAAGCUGAAGGUGAGAAGGGAUGCUGUUAACGUGCUGGGGUACUUUGAAGCAGAACACACCAAGAAUGUUAGGGACUGGAAAGAGAUCUAUGAUUUCAAUGUGCAGGAACCCACUUUUAUACCACCUUUAGUUGAACCAGAUGAUGACCAAAACGUUCAGUUCCAAUGGGAUAACCGGUGGCCUCAGAAUCCUCCAGAUUUCAAAGAAGCAUGCCAAGAAUAUGCAGAAGAAGUGGAGAAAGUUGCUUACAAGUUGAUGGAACUUAUUGCACUGAGCUUAGGCUUAGAGGCAAAUAGGUUCCGCGGCUUCUUCACACAUAACACUAGCAAUAUCAGACUCAACCAUUAUCCACCUUGCCCUUACCCUCAGCUGGCUCUUGGUCUUGGACGCCACAAGGACACAGGUGUCUUGACUGUGCUUGCUCAAGAUGAUGUUGGUGGUCUAGAAGUUAGGAGAAAAUCGGAUGGAGAGUGGAUUCGAGUCAAGCCUAUUUUCAAUUCCUUCAUCAUUAAUGUUGGUGACAUGAUCCAGGUUUGGAGCAAUGAUGCUUAUGAGAGUGUAGAGCACAGGGUUAUGGUGAACUCUGAAAAAGAUAGGUUUUCUAUUCCAUUUUUUCUGAAACCAGCACUCUACACUGAUGUGAAGCCCUUGGAAGAGCUGACAGACGAUAGAAACCCUCCAAAAUAUACAACAGUCAACUGGGGCAAGUUCCGUACUGCAAGAAUGCGAAGUAAUUUUGCCAAAUCCAAUAUUGAAAACCUCCAAAUUUUUCAUUUCAAGCUUCCCAGUAAUUGAAUCAUAAUCCAUAAAUUAAAGAUCGUGUAAAAUGUGAACUUGAGUUUGGAAGCUGAGUGUCGUAACCGGGAUCACGACGGGAUGACGCUAACAUUUCUUUUCAAUGGAGCUGUCACCAAUAUUCUAUUUCAA